AUGUCCUCCAAGUUGAUCACUGUAUUCGGCGCCACUGGCAACCAAGGUGGCUCUGUCAUCAAGCACAUCCUCGCUGAUGCCAAACUCUCUUCCGAGUUCAAGAUCCGCGGCAUCACUCGCGAUGUCAACAAGCCCGCUGCCAAAGCACUUACAGAACAAGGAGUCGAGGUGGUGACCGUAAGUAGCCUUGUCCUCUCCAAAAAUACAACCCAACUAAGUUUAACAACAAGNGCCGACAUGAAUGACAAAGCUUCAGUCGCAAAAGCCAUCAAAGACUCCCACACCGUCUUCCUUGUUACCAACUACUGGGAAUCUGCAAACCCAGAUGUCGAACGCAGCCAAGGCAUCAAUGUCGCCGACACCGCAAAAGAACAAAACAUCAAACACCUCAUCUUUUCCUCCUUGAUCAACGUUUCGGAAGCCACUAACGGAAAACUCGACUUGAUGAAACACUUCGACUCCAAAGCCGACAUUGAAAAGCACAUCCGUAGCACUGGUGUGCCAUCGACNUUUGUGCUUCCCGGCUACUUCAUGGCAAACUUUGCAAACAUGUUCAACAAAGGCGAAGACGGCGUCUACAAUUUCGCCCUCCCCGUCAGCGAUACAGCCAAAUUCCCUCUUUUCGAUGUGGCACAAGAUACCGGUAACUUUGUCAAGGCCAUCCUCAAGAAUGCCGACAAGUUGAACGGCAAGCAAGUGCUCGCUGCCACCGCUUACUACACCCCCAAGCAAAUCGUUGCAGACUUUGAAGAUGCCACUGGUGAUAAGAUGAGAUUUAUCCAGAUCACGGGUGAUCAGUUCAAGUCUUAUUUGCCUGAAUUCAUGGCAGAGGAGAUGCUUCAGAAUCAUAUUCUGCUUGAUACCACUGGUUACUAUGCUGGUACCAGUUUGGACGAGAGUCUGAGCUUGCUUGAGGAGAAGCCUGUUACUUGGAAAGAGUUUGUCAAGAAGAGUGGGAUUUGGUGA